AAAAUAAAGACGACAACCAGGACAACACCACCACCAACAACAAUCGGGAAUCAGUCCUAAGCACUCUUCGAUGACUGUGGAUUCUCUAAAGAACCACAGCUAACAAAUAAUGGCCUUGGUCGGCGUCAAAAACAUCGUGCUGGUCUUAUCCGGCAAAGGCGGCGUCGGCAAAUCAUCCGUAACCCUCCAACUCGCUUUAGCCCUAACCCUCCAGGGCCGGUCGGUAGGCAUUCUUGACGUCGACUUGACAGGGCCUUCCAUACCACGUCUGGUCGGCAAGGAGGAUGCGAAAAUUACCCAGGCGCCUGGCGGCUGGAUGCCCGUUUUAGUACACCCUGCUUCCGCAGCUCCGUCCUCGCCCAAUGUCUCUGCGAAAUCUCCGCCCCCUCACUCGUCCACCUCCUCCACCGCGGGCAGCGGCGAACCUACCGGUACAGAUACAAAUACAAAUACAACAGCUACUACUACUACUAUUGCCUCGCCGCAACAUUCUACAACACCACCAGAUACCAAUACCAAUAAUACCAAUACAAAUACAGAUACCCAACCCCAAUCCCACCAAGAUGCAAACACACCCCAAAGCACACCCCGCGCCUCCCUCCACUGCAUGUCCCUCGGCUUCCUCCUGCGAGACCGCGGCGACGCCGUAAUCUGGCGCGGCCCCAAAAAGACCGCCAUGAUCCGCCAAUUCCUCACGGACGUGCUGUGGGGGGAAAUAGACUACCUACUCAUCGACACCCCACCAGGAACCAGCGACGAGCACAUCGCUCUCGCAGAGCAAUUGCUCACGCUUGCUUCCACCACACCCGCACCCACAACCACGAACCGCAACGCCACGACGUCUACACACCAGCAGCAAAACAAGAAACCCUUCCUCGCCGGCGCCGUCCUCGUCACAACCCCGCAAGCCAUCUCGACCGCAGACGUGCGCAAGGAGCUCAAUUUCUGCGCCAAGACCUGCAUUCCGGUCAUUGGCGUUGUGGAGAAUAUGUCCGGAUACUCGUGUCCGUGCUGCGGGGAGGUGAGUAAUGUGUUUUCUAGCGGUGGUGGGAAGGUUAUGGCGGAGGAGAUGGGGGUGCGGUUUUUGGGGGCUGUGCCGAUUGAUGUGGGUUUUGGAGAGAUGGUGGAGGGGGUGAGGGCGGGGGAAGGGGAAGGGGAGGCUCAGGAUUUGUUGGUGGAAAGGUACCACAAGUGUUGGUCUAGGCCGCUGUUUGAGGGCUUUGCGAGGACUGUUAUUGAAGAGGCGGAGGGGCGGGGGUGAUUUGUGGUGAUUUAUUGGAUGAUUCUUUAUUUAUUUUUUUGGUCAUAUUUGGUGUACAUUUUCUAGCGAGUAUACAUGAUUAUUUUCUAUACCACAUGCAUUUUCAGAUCUUGGACAGGCUAGAUAGAAAGGGCGAAAAAUAGGUUUCAUGGGAAUGAAAUCCAUUUGUAUUGUACAAACGGUUGACUCCCAAGUUGUUAUGUGUAUUGUAAUGUGGAUAGCUUGCGCUCAAUGUAUUGUAUGUGCCUGCUAACUAUCAAUUUUGGAGAGUGGCACUAAAUAAUGAGAAAAAUAGCAAUGCUCAAAUAAACUUCUUGCAAGAGAACCUCCCAGAUAAGUCGUAUACGUA